AUGCCUUCCUAUGCUACAUUUAUAAAGGACUUACUCUUUGAGAAGAAAGCCUUAAAGGGAGAUAAAACAGUGGUCUUGACCAAGGAAUAUAGUGCACUCAUUCAGAGCAAGCUGUCAAAGAAGAUGCCAGAUCCAGGGAGCUUUCAGAUUCCUUGUACUAUUGGGAAUGUCACCUUUGACAAAGCCCUUUGUGAUCUUAGCUCAAGUAUCAAUAUGAUGCCACUGUCUGUGAUGAAGAAGCUGCAAAUUCAGGAGGCACAGCCUACAAGGAUAGCAUUGGAGAUGGCUAGUAAAUUUCUGAGGCAGGCACAUGGGCUAGUGGAAAAUGUCUUGGUCAAGGUUGGGGAGCUCUUCCUCUCUGUAGAUUUUGUGAUACUUGAUAUGGGAGAGGAUGUAAAUGACUCCAUAAUACUGGGAAGACCAUUCCUGGCCACUGGAAAAGCUUUAGUUAAUCUUGAGAGAGGAAAGAAGUUCACAAUGAGGGGUGAAGACCUAAGCUCCUCUGAGCUCCUCUGA